GUGCUUCUACGAUGGCUGAAGCUCAGAAGCUAGGGCUCAGUGCUAUUUCCCUGUGCCUACGAUGAAUACCAUGCUCAAACAGACAUCAUUUACAGCCAAGCCGUUUGGUACAGGGCGCACCGGAUGUCGCGCAAGGCAGCCAAGACGCGUGCCUGUGCAAACCCGAGCCGUGCUGGAGGACUCCGCCGGGUUGCUAGCGAUGGUGCCCCUGCUAGCUGCAGGCGGUGUGGGCGCCUGGAAGUUCGCCAUGUACGGGCAAAUGGAGGUCAUCACCGCCUCCAUGCUCACUAACAACGUGCCACGAGGUGACCCCGGGCCACGUGUGAUCCAGCUGCAGGGAGGCACCAAGGAGUUGUACUACUACCCCAAGUCCACAGCCCAGAUCACGGUGGUGGGCGAGGAGGUCAAGAAGGGCCUUAUCGAGCAGGUCGCGCUGCAGGCUGCCAUCCCGGCGGUGGCCAAGCAGCAGUCGCCCGCCAACCUGGGGUUUGCGGCUGACUCGAGUGUGGAUGCGGUGGUGUCGCUUGGCGCGCUGGCGGGCAUGUCGGAGAUGCAGCGGAACGCUUUUCUGGCUGAGGCGCUGCGGGUGCUCAAGCCGGGCUGCCCGCUGGUCUUCAUUGAGCGCCUCCCUGGCGGUGUGCCCCUGCGCUACCUGGGCGGCCCCAGCGGCACCAUCUCCGAGUCGGUGUUCCGGGGCUGGGAGCAGCGGCCGGACGGCGCCUUCAGCCUGGUGCGCUGGGACACGGCGCUGGGCGGCCAGGACCCGCACGCCGUGGGCCUGGCGCUCAAGGCGGCGGACUACCGCGGCCCCGCCGCCGCCAGCCGCCGCGCGGAGAAGGCGGCGGAGAAGGCGGCGGACAAGGAGGCCAAGCGCGAAAAGGCGCGGCUGCCCAAGAAGGGCUUCGAGUAGGGCCUGGAAUGUCGAUGUCGAUGGAUAGGUGGAUUACCGAGUGGGGCGUUAUGAGCGGCGCGUGUGGAUGCAAACGUGGCAAGAAAGGGAGCAGUGGCGAAGCAAUGGAGCAAUGACGAAGCCGGUGCGCGGUGUAGAAAGAUGAGGUGCCGGAUAUUUUGCGUGCGGACUAGGUGAAGGGGUCCGCUAACUGCCAAGGGCGGCAACGCGGUUGAGAUUGGACUGGGCAGAGCGCUAAGUUCAAGAGCGGCAUCCACGAUGUGGGAUCAUGUGUUGCGUUGUAAGACUGCCAGCUCUCUGAACAAGCAGGUGUUUCCAGGGUUGAGCCACUUCAUAGGACACUUCGCUUGGCUUUAGGGCUUUAGGCGCAAACCGUGCAGGGCUUUGAGGUGUUCAAAAACACCGUUGUGCGAAGCAGGAAUCGACUGCAUGCGCACAAACUAUAGUUGCGAAGAUUGACAUCUAUGAUACACGAACGCGAGCGACGUAGGAGCGGCGCAGUGCUGGCAGGCCUGGCCUGAAUUGUGUAAGAAUGGCUGUUG